AUGCCAAUCCUAACUCCAGUCUUAAAACUCGUAGUUUUUCGGCAAAGUCUUAGACCACAUUCCCCUAUUGCAUUCCUCGUCGAGUUCCUCUGCUUCAUCUUAGAGCUACUCGACAAGGAGAAAGAUCUAGCCAAAAUUUUCGGCAUCUUAUGUGCUUGCGAUACAUUAAUCUUCACAUUGCUAGAUCUAAUCCAAAAUCUGAUCCAAGAAAAAGUGAAAAUACGAAGAUACGGUCGAGUGUUUUGGCUUUACACAAACGAUGGACGUCUCUAUUGGCACACAUUAAACGCGUAUCUACUAAUGUUGUGCAUUAUCAAUGUCAUCGGUUCUGCGAUCUCUUACAGUUCUCGUAGACACUAUUUGGUUUUGCUCCCGCUUUUUGCUGCUGGCCUUGAGCUGGUUCCUCAAGAAGUAUAUCAGUUUCUUGGAAACGAUCAAACCAUUCAAGAUUAUGUUGGGUCGGAUCAAGGUGAUUAUAUUGGGUCUAUUCACGGCCCAUUAUAUGGUAUUGAGCUGGAGCAAGGUGAACUAAUUCCUAAAGAAGCAUAUCAAGUUCUUGGAAAUGAUCAGACCCUUCAAGAUCAAGAGGAUUGUAUUGGGCUGGAGCAAAGUGAUGAAGUUGGUAUAGAGGGGGAUCAAGAAGUUGGUGGUCGUGCUGGGCCUGAUGGUGGCCCAUAA